GAAAAGGUGGACUAGUAAUCUUUUUUUUCCCUGUUCUAAGGGAUUCUGUUUUCCCAUGAUACACAUUUUAAAAGGAAGACGAAAGAAAAUGGACCGAAACUGAGCAGCCUUCCUCGCCACCUUAAGAGGAUCAUUUAAAAUGGAUGUGUUAAACAUUUCUCUAUUGGGGAAGAAAACUGGAUGAAAUAUUUCCUUAAAGACAAAGCGUAAAAAGUUAAACUAGCCAAAAUGGCGAAGGCCAGAAAGAAAAUUUUGCAUCUGCUUCUACUUCUGGCAGGCAUUUGCAGCCUCGCCAAGUCCCAGAGCUUCUCAUCAGACACUUGUCCCUCCAGUGAACCUAACCUUGCUCAAAUUGAAUCCGAGGCAGAUGUGGUGGUCGGUGGCGUUCUUCAGCUGCACCACCCGGGCCAGGGUAUCUUCGGAUGUGGCCAACCGUCCACGGAAGGUGUGCAGUAUUUUGAAUCCUUGAGGUGGGCUAUCAGUGCUCUCAAUCAGAAGUCUGGAGAAUUUGGUGGCACUCCUGUUACAGAUUCUUUCAUCCCAGGUGUUAAGCUAGGUUUGCAAGUGUAUGAUUCUUGUGGACACAAAGAACUCGCUAAGCGUUACAUGACGGAACUGUUCCCUGUGAUGAAAUCGGGUUCUCUGAUGUGUGAUAGCUUGCAAGAUAAUUCAUCAACAAUCAUAG